UUCAUUAUUAAGUUUCUUGUUAAGGGAAUCUUUGUUGUGGAAUCUGAGGAAACAUUGAGUAUGAAAAUCGAGUAGUGUCUUUUCUUUUCCUCGCUAGAAUGAACGAGAAUCACUAAGAGUAAGAAGAAGAAGAAGAUUGCACAGCACAUGUUUGAUGGAAAGAUUUGUUUCCCUUCGUUGGUUGAUUUGAUAUCAUUGAAUUUGUUUCGCUGUUUAUACUUUACAACCAACCAAACGGCUAUUCUGACUUUUUCAUCAUUUUUCCAGUCUGGGUUUUUUUUUUUUCUGGGAAUCCUAAGUGUUGUUUAGUACUUGAGGUGAUUUUGUGAAGUGAAUUCAUCACAUGUCACGGCCGAGGCAGAACAAGAUGUUGAUGAAUCCAAACACUGCCAAACAUGUAAUUGGUGACACAACCUAUACCAAGAUCUUUGUUGGAGGCUUAGCUUGGGAAACAAAAAGAGACACUCUGAAACGUUAUUUUGAUCAGUUUGGAGAGAUCUUAGAAGCUGUUGUCAUCACUGACAGAAACUCUGGAAGAUCAAAAGGAUACGGCUUUGUAACAUUCAAGGACCCAAAUUCUGCAAUAAGGGCUUGUCAGAAUCCAUAUCCUGUGAUAGAUGGAAGGAGGGCUAAUUGUAAUCUUGCAUCUCUUGGUGCACAAAAAAUUGAUCCAUCAUCUAUGACAGCUACUAGACAAAAAUUCAGUAGCCCUUCUUGGAAUACAGCACCAAUUCCAGUUCAUCAAGGAACCUCCACUUAUUAUAAUCAGCAUAUUCCACAGUAUACAUUUCCUUAUCCACCCUACAGGUAUCCAGGUUACCCACCCCAACAGGAAGUAUAUGAAAUGCAGAAUUACUAUAAUGCAUAUGGUGGACAACACUUUCCAUUUCGUUGGUUACCAGCAUAUUACCAACCAAUUUAUGGGCUAAGUAGGCAUCAAUUUGUUCCAACAACAGCUUAUGUGAAAAAGACACAAUUCCCUGAUAUGUCACCUCAGGAGUUCACACCUACUGUUGCUUCAUCAGAACCUAUUUCAGCUUCUUCAUCAAUUUCUACCACUGGUUUAGUAUCCAACUGUGCCAUAAUUCUGUUUUAUUGCACAAACCUAUAUACGUUGCACAAAUACUUCAAUAAUUUUAGUCACAUAUAUAUGCGGCAUUAGCUACUACUUUAAACUUCUUUAAUUUCUUGAAGGUUACGGGUUCAAGCGGUAAAAACAGCCACUGAUAUAAUUGUCAGGUUAGGCUACGGAUAUUACACCCUUUAGGUGCAGCCUUUUCCCAAACCCUGCGUUAACCCAAGAUGCUUCUGCAUUGGGCUACCCUUAUAUUUGCAUAUAUUACCGCAUUAUGUUUAAUUUAAUAGUAGUUGUAUUUGUGCAAACAUAGGUACAAACAAAUUUUCCAAAAUUUUACUAGAUUCUAAGUUGAUUGUGCACACUGAAUUUUGAAGCAGGAUUAAUAACAGGAACUGUAGAUGCAGGAGGAGAAGGAAGAGUACUAGGAUCACAACAAGAACAGAAAUCAUCAUCUUCAGGUUAAGUUUUCAUGAUGAGAUUCUAUGAACUGACCAGAACCAAAAAGCAAAACGACACUGCUCAAUAAACCAGAAAGCUGCAAAGACAUCACAUGACCAAUGAAGGAGGGUGGUUUAACCAAAAAAGAUGCCAUAACAAGCAAAAUAACGUUCUGAGAUAAUUUUUCAUCCAUGGAACAGGUGAUCUUAGAGGCCAGUUACUGAUGAAAUUAUGAAAUCAUGGAUUUGUUUUGAUGUCUUUAAUUUUUUUUAACUUUGAUAAUUAUGAUGCACAGUAUUCAUUCAUCAGCAUUUGUCGUUUUUCCAAUUUUCGUUUUUUUUUUCCAACAUGGGAAUCCUGCUAGGCUAUUUAUAUAGAUUAAAAAAGAAAACUAGAUGUUCGCUUAUUUGUUAUAAUUACUUUUAUUCAGAAAUUAUUUUUGAACAUCUAAAUUUUUUUUUCUCUACCCUCCUACUCUGUAAUUUACUAAUUUUAGUGUGACCGGUUCAUUAUUAAUAUCCAGAUUUUCACACACAAAUUGUGUUUAAGUGUUUGUAAAGAACACACCUACUUUAAAGUGUAUAAAUAUUAUAUUUCUUUUUGGGUUAGCUGAACUAAACUUGAAGUAGUAAUAUCAGCAAUUUUGUCCUUUCUUCCUUAACAAUUUUAUCUCUUUAUAGGAGACGUGUAACCAAGUUUUAGGAUCAAGUCCAUUUAAAAUUGAUAUCAAAGAUUGACCAUUAUUUUGAAAAUCCAACAAUUGCAUCUAACCGCAGAGAAAUUCGAAGGGACCAGAUAUGAAUUGAAUAGGAUCAUCUCUUUUGGCAAGCUAAAAUAAUUUUUAAAAAUUAAAAAAGGUUAUUUAUUUUGUAUUUUGUAAGAGAAAUUAUUUAUUUGUUGCGUAUCAUUUUUAUUUUUGGUGCGCUUAUAGGGGGGGAUCUCAAACUUCAAAAAUAUCGCUUCUAAUUAGUCGCGAUAAGAUUAUAAGAUCACCUUGACCCAAAAAAAAAAAGAUUAUAAGAUCACGAGAAAAA